GGAAGGGGCGGGGCAUCCCAGCCAGCCCCGCCUCUUUCAGGCCCCUCCCAGAGGCCCCGCCACCCAGCCCUCGCGCGGCGCUUUGUGGGAUCUGUCAGCCCCAGCUGGUGCGGGACGCGGCCAUGGGGAUCCAGCAGAGCCCAGUCCUUCUAGCCUCUCUGGGGGUGGGGCUGAUCACUGUGCUCGGCCUGGUUCUGGGUACCUACUUAGUUCGAAGGUCCCGCCAGCUGAGGGUGACUCUCCUGGACCCAGAUGAGAAGUACCUGCUGCGACUGCUGGACAAGACGACUGUGAGCCACAACACCAAGAGGUUCCGCUUUGCCCUGCCCACCGCCCACCACAUUCUAGGGCUGCCUGUGGGCAAGCAUGUCUACCUCUCUGCCCGAAUUGAUGGCAGCCUGGUCAUCAGGCCAUACACUCCUGUCACCAGUGAUGAGGACCAGGGCUUCGUGGAUCUUGUUAUCAAGGUUUAUCUGAAAGGUGUGCACCCCAAAUUUCCCGAAGGAGGAAAGAUGUCUCAGUAUCUGGAUAGCCUGAAGAUUGGGGAUGUGGUGGAGUUCCGGGGACCAAGUGGGUUGCUUACUUACACUGGGAAAGGAAAUUUUAACAUUCAACCCAACAAGAAAUCUCCACCUGAAACUCGAGUGGCAAAGAAACUGGGAAUGAUUGCUGGGGGAACAGGAAUCACCCCAAUGCUGCAGCUGAUCCGGGCCAUCCUGAAAGUCCAUGAAGAUCCAACUCAGUGUUUUCUGCUUUUUGCCAACCAGACUGAAAAGGACAUAAUCCUACGGGAGGACCUAGAGGAACUGCAGGCCCAGUAUCCUAAUCGCUUUAAACUCUGGUUCACUUUGGACCAUCCCCCAAAAGAUUGGACCUACAGCAAAGGCUUUGUGACUGCUGACAUGAUCCAGGAGCACCUGCCUGCCCCAGCAGAUGAUGUGCUGCUGUUGCUCUGUGGACCACCACCAAUGGUGCAGCUGGCCUGCCACCCCAACUUGGACAAGCUGGGCUAUUCACAAAAGAUGAGGUUCACCUACUGAGCACCUCCCAGCCUCCUUGAUCCCGUGUGUGCAAUCAUCCCUAGUCAAUUCUCAAACAUUGUAAUGCCUAGAUGCCUUUUCUGAGAGCAGCAGCCUUUUGUGUCUUAUUCUGGAACUGAAAUCUGGAUGCUUACUGAAACAACACUCCUGUAGCCAUGGAAGAUGAGGACUGAGUCACUCCCUAGAAACCUCCCCAAGGCCCAUGGACCACUCUCUUUCUUAGGGUCAGAAAGAAGGGAACUUGUACAUUUAUUAUAAGAUUGGUUGGUUCCUGAGAGCAUCAUAUACUUGUCUAUGAUGACUGUGCAAUGCAUUUUACUCAAUAUUUAAUGCUUUACCUAUGGGCAAAUUCUACUUAUGUGAGUGCAAGUUGAAUAAACUUGUAGGCAUAGUCCUAUAUAACAGUAGGUAAAGAGGAAUUUUUUUUUCAGAAUUCCAAUCGUCAGAGAAAGGAGCCUAACACAUAUAUUUGUGUGCUUGUAUCUCUCAGCUCCUGUCCAGGCUACAGGGAAACAGUUACCAACAACCUAAGAUCACUGUAGUGGGAGUCUUUGGUUGUUUGAAUAAAUGGGGCUGAAGCCCUGACAUGAUCUCAA